AUGGACAAGUCGGAGGUCAAUAUCGACAGCGUCAAGUCGCCGCACGGGUUGAGUGUGUCCUUUGCGGACCCAAAUGCAAUGGAAACCGGGUCGAUCACGUCCACAGUACCUGAGUUCCCAAACGGCGAGCUUGACCGUAACAGAUACAUGUGGGUUGGGGAUGUUAAUGAGGAGUUGAUGUCGAGCGAGGUGUUCUUGGAAAACACUGCGCUUAGUUUGCAACCAGGCAGUUUGGCAAGCAGUUUCUCCAAAUGUGACAGCUCAACACCUUUGAACCCGGUAAUGCAAAUGACAGGUGUGGGUAUAUCUUUGAAAAAACGGUCUUUCUUGGCCAGCGACGCACAAAACGGCUUCGACCACGGCGAACUAAAGUCCACGGUUUUGUAG